ACAAAAAAUAAAAAAUAAUAGAAAAACAAUGUCGGCGGAUUCGGUAAUAUUUGAAAAUGCAAAGAAUGUUCCGGACAUUGGUGUGUCAUCAGCAACAAUUUCGUCUUCAAAUCCUCUGUGGACGGCCUUAAUGGGUUUGGCGAUUAUAUCAAUACUAUUUGAAAUAUGGCUUCGAAGUACACGUGAAUAUAAGUUAACGGCAAAAAUGCCAACACCGCCAAGGCUACCGAUUCUUGGUCACGCCCACAGAGCUUUGUAUCUUUCCAAUGCUGAAAUCAUGGCCCAAGCGAAGAAAUAUAUUCACACUCCGGGAGCAGUGAUUCGUGCCUUUUUAGGUCCCAUAGUCGUGGUGGGUUUAUGGAACCCCAUUGACAUAGAAAUAGUACUGAGUUCUAGUACCCAUUUGGAAAAGUCAUAUGAAUAUAAAUAUUUCAAGCCAUGGUUUGGUGAUGGUCUACUCAUCUCCAAAGGACAUCAUUGGCAACAUCAUCGUCGCAUGAUUGCGCCCACCUUCCAUCAGAGUAUUUUGAAAAGUUUCAUUCCAACAUUUGUGAAACAUUCCAAGAGUGUGGUACAACGUAUGGCCCUGGAAGCGGGCAAAGAAUUCGAUGCCCAUAAAUAUAUGUCCCAGGUGACGGUGGAGAUUUUACUCUCCACGGUAAUGGGAGUGAAAAAGCUGCCCGAACCAAAUAAAUGUUUGGAAUAUGCCAAUGCUGUGUUGGAUAUGUGCGAUAUUAUCCACAAACGUCAAUUGAAAUUCUAUUAUCGCCUGGAUGCCACAUUUCGAUUUUCAUCACUUCAUGACAAGGCCCGGAGAAUGUUGAAUACAAUUUUGAAUAUGACACGGCAAGUUGUGGAGGAGCGUCAGAAAAAUUUCAGUGCUGAUUCGAGGGCAAUUUUCGAAAAUGAAGCUGAGGCUGCCAAGCGCAAACGAGAAAAUGUGAGGGCCGAAGGAUUGCGUGAUGACUUGGAUGACAUCGAUGAGGAUGAUGUGGGUGCCAAAAAGAGGUUGGCUUUAUUGGAUGCCAUGAUGGAAAUGUCUAGAAAUCUUGAAAUUGAAUGGACCGAAAAAGAUAUUAUCGAUGAAGUCAAUACAAUUAUGUUUGAGGGCCAUGAUACCACAUCGGCUGCCUCCAGUUUUGUCCUCUGCAUAUUGGGCAUUUAUCAGGACAUGCAAGAAAAGGUAUUGGCCGAACAGCGAGCUAUUUUUGGUGAUGACCUCAUGCGUGAUUGCACCUUUGCCGAUACCCUGGAAAUGAAGUAUUUAGAGCGUGUAAUAAUGGAAACUCUGCGUUUGUAUCCACCAGUACCAUUGAUUGCACGUCGUGCCGAACAUGACAUAAAAUUGGCCUCCGGACCCUAUUCCAUACCCAAAGGCACCACAAUUGUAAUCAUACAAUAUGCCGUACAUCGUGAUCCCAAAUCAUUUCCUAAUCCAGAAAAAUUCGAUCCUGACAACUUCCUGCCCGAACGUAUGGCCAAGCGGCAUUAUUACAGUUUUAUACCCUUCAGUGCUGGGCCACGUAGUUGUGUGGGUCGUAAAUUUGCCAUUUUGAAAUUGAAAGUUUUACUCUCGACCAUUUUGAGAAAUUUCGUUGUGAAAUGUAAUCAGCAGGAGAAAGAUUUCCGUAUGCAGGGCGAUAUUAUUUUGAAAAUGGAAAAAGGUUUUAAUAUUAUGCUGGAACCACGAGCGGAAGCCAAGAAGGUUAUAUAGUUAUAGGUAUUUGUGAUAAGUCAAAAGAUCUCUAAGGGAAAUAAAUUUCGAAAAUAAUGCUAAUAA